AUGCUUCCCUGCCGUCAAACUGUAAACAAAACUACCAAAGCACUGCAAGAAAGGAUUUUGGCAGCUGAAUCCGGUUCAGAUUAUUGUGGUUCUAAGGGAAUGACAUCUCUAAUAUCAGAAAGUGGGAUCAAUCAGCUCAAUAUCUUCAUCUUUGUGUUAGCAAUUACGCAAAUAGUCUACAGUGUUCUUACUAUGGCCUUGGGAAGGGCAAAGAUGAGGAGCUGGAAAGCUUGGGAGAGAGAGACUCAGACAGUGGAAUACCAAGCUGCCAAUGAUCCUAAUCGCUUUCGGUAUGCAAGGCAAACUACAUUUGCACGUAGACACAGGAGUUUCUUUACAGCAACAACAACCCAACUCUGGAUUAAGUGCUUCUUCCGUCAGUUCUUCAAUUCAGUGGCAAAAGUUGACUAUCUAACUCUGCGCCAUGGAUUCCUUGCGGCUCAUUUUCCCAAUAAUGGUUCCUUCAAUUUCCAAAGGUACAUACAACGAUCGCUGGAUGAUGAUUUCAAAGAAGUAGUCGGCAUUAGGUUUGCAAGUCUAUCUUUGGGUAUCGUUUCUCCCAUUGCUAUGCUAGUUCUUGGAACCAAACUUGAAGUAGUAGUGGCAGAAAUGGCUCUUGAAAUCCAAGAUCAAAAUAGCGUAAUCAAGGGAGCCCCUCUAGUCCGACCAAACAACAAGCUCUUCUGGUUCAGUCAUCCAAAAUUUCUCUUGACUCUUCUGCACUAUACUCUUUUUAUGAUAGAAUUGGGGAUAAAUUCUUGCUACCAUGAAAGGGCAGAGAUCAUCGUUAUCAGGCUUGUAUUAGCGGUGACGGUUCAAAUCAUGUGCAGUUAUAUUACUCUUCCUCUGUAUGCAUUAGUAACCCAGAUGGGGUCACAAUUCAAGAGUGCAAUCUUGGAAGAGCAAACAGCAAAUGUUAUUAAGCAAUGGCACAGUCGAGUGAAGAAGAAGACGAAGAACAAAAGACAUGAUUUUUCACCAUCUAAUCAUCAGUCCUACUCGUCCCCUGUAUCAACCAGCAGCAGAACCAUGGAUUCCUCAAAUGAAAACCAUCAUCGUCAUCCUAGCCCAAAUGAUUCUCCAAGCCACACCCCUUCUCUUUACAGAAAUCUAACGUUCUGGGAGAUGACUUCAGUUCAUGGCGAAACUGAGAUAGUUGAAGAGAGUGCUCAAGAAAUUCCCCAACAUGUGGUUCCAUCCACAGUGGUUGAGAUAGGUAAUGUGCCUGACGUGACCAAGAAUCAAACAUAG